AUGGUCAUGCCAAGACACCACCUGAGCUGUGCAGGAAUAGCCUUUGCUCUCUGCCUUCAGCACCUCGUCAGCACCAUCGAGGUCCCUCUGGAUUCAACUAUUCAGAGUUACUUGCCUCAGCCCCCCACAAUCACCAAGCAGUCCGUGAAGGACUACAUUGUCGACCCGAGGGACAACAUCUUCAUCGAAUGUGAGGCCAAAGGGAACCCCCGUCCCAUCUUCUCCUGGACACGCAACGGGAAGUUCUUCAACGUGGCCAAGGACCCCAAGGUGUCGAUGAGGCGACACUCGGGGACAUUGGUCAUCGAUUUCCACAGUGGGGGAAGGCCUGAGGACUACGAGGGGGAAUAUCAGUGCUUUGCCCGCAACGACUACGGCACCGCUCUCUCCAGCAAGAUCCACCUCCAGGUGUCCAAGUCUCCCCUGUGGCCCAAGGAGAAGGUGGAUGUGAUUGAGGUGGAUGAAGGAGCUCCUCUCAGCCUGCAGUGCAAUCCUCCCCCUGGUCUGCCCUCCCCUGUCAUCUUCUGGAUGAGCAGCUCCAUGGAGCCAAUCCACCAGGACAAACGAGUGUCCCAGGGCCAGAACGGAGACCUGUACUUCUCCAACGUGGUGCUGCAGGAUGCCCUGACCGACUACAGCUGCAACGCUCGCUUCCACUUCACACACACCAUCCAGCAGAAGAACCCCUACACCCUCAAGGUGAAAACCAAGAAACCCCAUAACGAAACGUCCCUAGGAAUUUCCCCUGCCAUGUACAGUGCCCGAGGCAUCACGGAAACCACUCCCAGCUUCAUGUACCCCUAUGGGACCUCGAGCAGUCAGAUGGUGCUCCGAGGGGUGGAUCUGCUGCUGGAGUGCAUUGCUUCUGGAGUACCAGCACCAGACAUCAUGUGGUACAAGAAAGGAGGAGAACUCCCAGUGGGGAAAACCAAACUGGAAAACUUUAACAAGGCUCUUCGCAUCUCCAACGUGUCCGAGGAAGACUCUGGGGAGUAUUUCUGCUUGGCCUCCAACAAGAUGGGCAGCAUCCGCCACACGAUCUCGGUGAGAGUGAAGGCUGCUCCCUACUGGCUGGAUGAACCUGAGAACCUCAUUCUGUCCCCUGGUGAGGAUGGCAGGUUGGUGUGCCGAGCCAACGGGAACCCCAAGCCCACGAUACAGUGGCUGGUGAAUGGUGAACCUAUAGAAGCUGCUCCCCCCAACCCGAGUCGGGAGGUGGCAGGAGACACCAUCGUGUUCCGGGACACGCAGACCGGCAGCAGCGCCGUGUACCAGUGCAACGCGUCCAACGAGCACGGCUACCUGCUGGCCAACGCCUUCGUCAGCGUCCUGGAUGUGUCCCCACGGAUCCUGGCACCUCGCAACCAACACAUCAAGGUGAUCCAGAACAACAGGACCCGACUGGACUGUCCCUUCUUCGGCUCCCCCAUCCCCACCCUGCGAUGGUUUAAGAAUGGCCAAGGGAACACUCUGGAUGGAGGAAACUACAAAGCCCACGAGAAUGGGAGCUUGGAGAUGAACAUGGCUCGGAAGGAGGACCAAGGCAUCUACACCUGUGUGGCCACCAACAUCCUGGGGAAGGCAGAGGCUCAGGUCCGCCUGGAGGUCAAAGACCCGACAAGGAUUGUGAGAGGCCCAGAGGACCAGGUGGUGAAGAGAGGCUCCACACCUCGUCUGCACUGCCGCGUCAAGCACGACCCCACGCUGAAGCUCACGGUCACCUGGCUGAAGGAUGAUGCUCCUCUCUCCUAUGCCAGCAGGAUGAAGAAAGAAGAAGAUGGUCUGACGAUAUAUGGUGUGACUGAGAAGGACCAAGGGGACUACACCUGCGUGGCCAGCACAGAGCUGGACAAGGACUCAGCCAAGGCCUAUCUCACCGUGCUGGCUGCCCCUGCUAACCGUGUGAGAGACUUACCCAAAG